AUGGAGCCUCCCUCAGUCCCUCUCUGCAUAUGGCAUGUCCCCUGGCUUGGACUCCUGCUCAGAGCCUCACUUUUAACUUUCUGGAACGUUCCUCCCACUGUUCAACUCACUAUUGACUCAGUGCCACCUCAUAUUGCUGAAGGGAAGAACAUUCUUCUACUUGCCCGUAAUAUGUCAAAGAAUUCUCUAGGCUUUCGCUGGUGCAAGAGUGAAAGUGUGAUCAACAACCAUGAAAUUGUACUAUAUGAAAUGCGCAGUCGUACAUGGCACAUAGGACCCGGCUUCGUUGGAAAAAAGACAGUAUUCUAUAAUGGAUCCCUGUUGCUCCUGAACAUGACCCAGAAGGACACAGGAGUCUAUGUGAUACAGACUGUAGCUGAAGACUUUACUUUUGAAGAGGCAUCUGUGCAGAUUCAUGUACACCAUCUGUCGAACGUACUUGCCUAUUGGGCCAGACUUCCAGUCGAGUUCCUGCUCCCUACCUUCUCUCAGGUGGAUCUGCAUUUGAAAACAUCUGCCUACAUCCCAGAUCAGUAUAUGGUCCUCAAAAGCACCACAAAGGGCAACCUUCUCUCUGCUCUCUGCAUAGCACUGUUACCACAAGCAACAACUCCAAAUCCCUGGAAGUUAGCCCAAAUGUCCCCAUUGCAUCCCACUGAAAAUCAUAUUUCCACCCAGGGACAAACUUCAGCCUCUGCUGCCACACAUAUUCCAACCCACCUGCCUUAUUCCCGGGAAGCUCCGGCCGUCCUCGAGUUCUUUAUCCCUGACAUCACUGCCAAUAAUAGCACAUCCUAUAUCUGCCUCAUCUUUAACUCCUCCACUGCACUGAGCACCUCAGCCAAGAAAAUUAAAGUCCUUGGGCCAGUGACACAGCCCUCCAUCGAAGCCACCAACACCACCGUCAAAGAAAAGGGCUCUGUGGUCUUCACUUGUCACUCCAGUGACCCUGGAGUCUCCACCCAGUGGAUCUUCAACAAGCAGAAUCUGCAGUUUACAGAGAGGAUGACGCUGUCUCAGAACAACAGCAGGCUCAGCAUAAACCCUGUCAAGAUGGAGGAUGCCGGGGACUAUCAGUGUGACGUCUCCAACCCAGUCAGUUCCAAGAAAAGUCACCCAGUGCCCCUGGCAGUCAUCGUUGAUCCAGAGCAAGGAAGUUCUGGCCUCUCAAGCUGGGCCAUUGCUGGCAUCGUAGUUGGAGUUUUGUCUGGAGUGGCUCUGAUGGCUGCCGUGGCCUGUUCCCUUUAUUUCCAGAAGAAUAGCAGGGGAAGUGACCAGCAUGAUUUCACAGAGGACACACCUUCAGCCUCCAACUGCAGUCCAGGCCCCUCUGACAAGUCUCCUGACAAGGUGGAUGGAGUUGCAUAUUCUGUCGUGAACUUCAAUGCCCAACAACCAACACAGCCAACUCCAGUCUCGCCAUUGAUGCCAUCCAUAGAAGUGGUUUAUUCAAAAGUGGAAAAGAAGUGA